AUUGGACAUAUAUAAACGAAUAAAUAAUACGUGUGUAUAGUUCCAUAAGUGAUUGUAUAAAUUUCAUUUUAAUAUUAAAAACAUGCAAAAAUCUGUGUUUUUAAUCUUCUUUCUCCUAUAUAACUGCAUUGCUGAUGAAAACGAAAAUUGUCCUAAAAUUAUCAAACGGAGCCAAUGGACUAUUACGGGAGCAAAAAGUGUGAAUUACUUGAUUGUCCCUCUUCCUUAUGUCGUAAUUCAUCAUACAGUUACUGCAACCUGUGCUACUAGGACAACAUGUAUUUCUAUAGCCGAAAGUAUUCGAUCUUAUCAUAUGGAUACCAACGGAUGGCAUGAUAUCGGAUACUCAUUUUUAAUUGGAGGAGAUGGAAAUGUAUAUGAAGGUUGUGGCUGGGAACGAGAAGGAGCCCCUGCAUACGGAUAUAAUAAAAAAUCUGUGGGAAUUGCUUUUAUCGGAAAUUUUCAAGAACAAGCUGCUAGUGAUAAAAUGCUGGAUGCUGCACAUAAAUUAAUUCUCUGUGGCAAAUCGCAAGGAAUACUUAGAGAAAAUGUUCGUGUAAUUGGUGCUAAACAAGUGGGAAACACUGCAAGUCCUGGAUUCGAGCUUUAUAGUCAGAUUCAAGAUUGGCCUGAAUGGGUUUCUCAACCAUAG